AUGGGCGUUCUCGCUUUUUCCUUUACGUGCGGCUUGGGCGGAACAUCUCGUGAGAAGUUCGUAUUCUCGCGGGAACUGCAUUCAAAAAUCCCUGGCGCUUUCGGGAGAGUGAGCUGAGUGAAUCCGCUGAUGUUUCUGUGCUGACCAAAAAUAGGAAAAAAUUAUGGAGGAAGAUAUAAUUGCAGAUCUUCGUUGCAAGCUCAAAGUGGUUGAAGAAGAACGACUGAAAGCUGCACAGUAUGGUUUACAACUAGUAGAGAGUCAAAAUGAAUUGCAGACACAAUUAGAUAAAUGUCGUAAUGAAAUAAUGACCAUAACUGAGAAUUAUGAACAAGAAAAAUACACACUUCAGAGAGAAGUUGAGCUCAAGAGUCGAAUGUUAGAAAGUUUGAGCUCUGAAUGUGAUGCUAUUAAACAAGAUCAAAAAAUGCACCUGGAGAAAUUAGAAGAACAACUGAGCAGAAACCAUGGACAGGAAGUGAAUGAACUAAAAAAUAAGUUAGAAAAACUGAAAGCAGAAUUAGAUGAAGCUAGGCUUAGUGAAAAGCAGCUAAAGCACAAAGUACAUCAUCAGAAGGAACUCCUCUCUUGUAAAUCAGAGGAAAUGCGGAUAAUGUCUGAACGUGUACAUGAAAGCAUGUCUUCAGAGAUGCUGGCUCUUCAAAUUGAGCUGACUGAAAUGGAAAGCGUGAAGACCACCCUCAAAGAAGAAGUGAAUGAACUACAGUACAGACAAGAACAACUAGAACUUCUUAAUUCUAACUUAAUACGCCAGGUAGACCGGCUUAAAGAGGAAAAAGAGGAGCGAGAGAAAGAAGCAGUUUCUUACUAUAAUGCCCUAGAGAAAGCUCGUGUAGCAAAUCAAGAUCUUCAAGUGCAAUUGGACCAGGCACUCCAGCAAGCCCUGGACCCCAGUAGUAAAGGCAACUCUUUGUUUGCAGAGGUAGAAGAUCGAAGGGCAGCAAUGGAACGUCAGUUUAUCACUAUGAAAGUCAAGUAUCAGUCACUAAAGAAGCAAAAUGCAUUUAAUAGAGAACAGAUGCAAAGAAUGAAGUUACAAAUCGCCACAUUGCUGCAAAUGAAAGGGUCUCAAACUGAAUUUGAGCAGCAGGAACGGUUGUUUGCCAUGUUAGAGCAGAAGAAUGGUGAAAUUAAACAUCUCUUGGGUGAAAUUAGAAAUCUGGAGAAAUUUAAGAGUUUAUAUGAAAGUAUGGAAUCUAAACCUUCAGACAACUCUGCUGCUCUGAAAGAUAACACCUAUUACACAGAUUUACUUCAGAUAAAGCUUGACAACUUAAACAAAGAAAAUGAAAGCACUAAGGGUGAAUUGUCCAUACAGAGAAUGAAAGCAUUAUUUGAGAGCCAGCGGGCUCUGGAUAUUGAGCGAAAACUUUUUGCCAAUGAAAGAUGCCUCCAGCGUUUCCAAAGUGAAAAUAUGAAACUGAGAGCUAAAAUAGAUGAGUUAAAACUGAAGUAUGAACCUGAAGAGAAAAUUGAAGUCCCUGUACUCAAAAAGAGGCGUGAGGUUCUGCCUGUGAAUAUAACCACCUCUAACAGUGUAUGUGCCAGCAGUGCUGCUGAGGAAGUUUGUAGAUUAUCACCUCAGAAAGAGGAGGCACAGUCCUGUUCUAACAAUUUAGAAGGUAACACCCCACCGUUAGAAAAGACAGUUUCUGUAAACACACCAGGAGUCAUUCUCUCUCCUCACGAAAAUCUGCCCAUGAAUAUUCAGCCAGCGAAGGAAAAGAAAUGUGUGAAACUUACGGAAGUUCCAGCUAUAAGUGAAAGAAGUGGAAACACCCCUGAUUCUCCCAGGCUACAAGAUCCAGAGAGAAGGAGUCUCAUCUGUGUUGUUUGCCAAGAUACAUUCUUAAUGUCUUACCACAGUGCUUUUCACAUGAUGGGCUCUCAAUAAAUGUGGAGUAAAGAAGCUCUCAGCCUCUAGGGAUGAGUGGAAGGCAACUUAUUUCAGGAGUUUGAGGAGACCACAACUGCUUAGGCAAAGCAUCUGGGAAGUAACGUGAUGAAGAGAUUGGAAGGAGGCAAGACCAGAUGCAGGGAGUUCAAGUCCAAGUUCCAGAUAAAGAGAAGCUUAACAAGGUAGGGACAUGGGGGAGAGGGCAGAACCAAGAGCUGUUUUGGUCUUGAUCAUUUGGAGUGAAAGAGAGAUUAAGAUGAGGCAAGUUUCUGACCUGAAUGAAAUGGAUGAAAUAGAGGGUGACAAUACCACUCACAGGCAGUCAUAAUAAUGCUUGAUGGCCAAAAAAAGGGGUCUCAGCCCUCUAGCCUUCGUUUACUUAUUGUCGAAAUGGAGAUAAUGUACCUACCUAAUAGGACUAAUUUGAGAUUAAGUGUCAUAAUGCAUGAAAGUGUUGGAUCAAGGACUGGCAUACAGUAAGUGCUCAAUAAGUGUUAGCAAUAUUUUUUCUUCAGGAAAUUGAGGUUUAGAAAGGUUAAGUCAUUUGUUCUAAAUGACACAGCUAGGUAAGUGAUGGACUGUGGAUUCUGGCACAUCAGUUGGAGCACAGAGUCUGGUCACUGCACCUGUUAAAUAGGAUAGAAACAAUCACAAGAGGGGUAGGCCUGGAGUAUGGCUAUAAUGAUGAGCCUCGUUUUAGAAACGGAGAAAUUAAUGUUCAAGGGGAGGAGAGGUUCAGGGGCAGUUGGACACAUGGGUCUGGACCUAAGAAGAGGUCUUUGGUCAGAGAAGUUCUUGUUCCCACAGUCAUCUCUUAGAGUCUGUGAAAUUUGAGUCAUCAGCAGUGUACUACCUAAUAGCCAAGUUAUCUGAUCGAUGUGUGUCCAAGAUAAUUAUAAAUGCUUAAAGUGGUUUUAGUGAUAUUUUUUAUAUUUGAUCGUCAAUCUCUCGCCAAAAUUUUUCAUAAUGCUAUAGAAUCAUUAAGUAUAAAAAGGUUAUAUUUCAGAAAUAUAAAAACCAUAUCCUAAUCAGUAUGAAGUUUAAAGAUUUCUAUAUUAGAAACCACUCUAUUAAGAAGUUAAUUAACUUUCAGUGAAAAUAAAUAACUUUCUAAACUUCAUCUCUCUUGACUAUAAGCAAAUUUUCAACUCCUUUAAUAUAUUGAGUAAUUUCUUUAACAUUAUUUAAAAAACAGAUUCCUAUUUUAGAUUUUAUAACAAGCUGAAUUAGAGAAAAGUCUUCAGUGCUCUUCAGGCUCAACCUUAUUUAUCUUCUGGCAUUACCCACACCCUUGGUCCCUCACCGAGUACUUUACCAUAUUGUUGAUGUGAACUUGUCUGUAUGUAUGUUAGAAACCUAAGAAGAAAGAACUAGCAUCUCUUAGGUCACCUGGCCAUGGGUUUAUAAAGACAAUAGAAUCUAUGUAGCAAGAAAUGACAAGCUAUGGUUAUCGGCCAAAUCUGACUCACUGCCUGUUUUUGUAUGGAUCAUGAACUAAGAAUAGUUUUUACAUUUUUAUAUAAUUGAAAAGGAAUAAAAAGAAGAAAAAGGAGAAAUAUUUUAUGACACAUGAAAAUAUUAUGAAAUGCAAAUUUCAUUGUUUGUACAUAAAUAAAGUUUUAUCGGAACACAGCCAUGCUCACUUAUUUACAUAACUAUAGUUGCUUUCAUGCUGCAAUGACAGAGAUAAUUACUUUCAACAAAGACUUUAUAUAGUGCUCUUACUGCUUUGCAGUGCUGUCCAGCAACCUAUAAAUCUCAGGGAUGUGAUUAUAACUCCAUAGUGUUUCAAGUGCCAUGCAUAUCACACAAAAUGUACAGCAAUAUUUUGUUUUUAAUUACCAGUGCAAUAGCCAUCGUGUCAAAAAACAAAAAAGGGGAAUAAAAUAUAGUGGGAUCCAGAUGUCACACUUUUAAGGCUCAGUGAAAUAUGGAUUAUUUUGUUAUCAAAUUAGGAAAACAUUGUGUUUAUAAUGCCACGACACCACAACUGUGCUAAAAGAAUACGGUACAACAGAGUAAGUACGCGUCACAACAUUCCCAACUACAAGAAAACAGUGUUCAGAAAAAUUAGUACAUUUAAACUAAAACAUCUCAUCACAGCAUAAUUUCUUUAUAAAAAUAAAAAGUGAAAAUAAGACUGCAACAAAGGAAGUUUCCAAGUGGCUCAUUUAUUAACCACACAAAGAAAGAGAUUUAUUGAUGGUGAAUUAAUUAAAUUAUAUUUGAUUGUAGCAGCAGAUGAAAUGUGUCAGAGAAAAAAAAGUAGCUUAAGAAUAUUAGCCUUUUGGUGACAGUGAUUUCUUGAAGAGUUGACAUUGAGAGCAAACAUUAAUAAUCAAUUUAAAAACAAGGCAAAUGAUUUCUAAUGGUUUUCCUUGACUCUUGAUAAGUUGACAGAUGUUACUACUACAGCUCAGGUGUUUAUUUGAUGAGUCAAUGCUGACUUUAAAGUCAAUGAAGAAUUCUAAGCUUCUAUGAAUGGUUCAUGUGAAAAAACUAUGGGCAAAAAUAUUUUCAAAGAAAAUAAGGAAAUGCUAAUUCAGUACAAUCCGAAGUGGAAUCUGCUAAGAUGUGUUAUAGCUGUGGCAGUAAAAAUAUGUGGGGAACAGAAAAAAGGCUUUGGACAAGUUUACAAAGGUUAUAAAAAUGUGAAGUGUUUAAAGCCUAUGCUAGUUUAUUGUAAUAGUCAUCAGAAGGUAUUUUGUUGAAAAUAUUUGAAUUUGUUAUGUAUUAUUGAACCAACUGCAUCAAAAGCGAAUUUCAAUUUUAGUAUAUGUGCUGCCAAAGCCAGCACAGUGGUGAAUUUCAUUAGCUCUUCUAGAUUUAACCAUUGUCUGUUUUGUGAACUUUUGUCAAAAAUAGAAACCGAAUAUCUUGACUUGCUCUACCAACCACAUAGCAGUUGGUUUAACAGUAAUAAGUCAUGUGUGACUUUUUGAGCUCAGUGUCGAGAUUAAAAUUUUUCUUAAUGAGAACAGCCUUUGACCACUAUUAUUGAACACUGGAUAACUUUGGAAAUUAGCUUUUGCUGAAGACUUCAUGAUGUUUCUGAAUGGAUUCAACCAAAAUUACAAAGCAAAACAAUGGCUAAAUGCAGAACACCCCAUGUUAAAAUCAUUUUGAUGACAAUUAAUGUUUAAACAAGUAAUGUCAAGUUGCCUUAAAAACUUCCUGUGUUGUCAAAAAUUAAAAUAAAAAGUGAAAUGGC